CAAACCACAAUCACCUGCUCACUGGGGCUGAAUUACACCCAGUCCGGGGGAUAUUUACACUCAGCUCGGGGUAAAAACUCCGUCUUUGUGCCGCGUCACUCCCGGACUGGAGGAAGCCGCUGAGCGGGGGAAAGUGACCAACUAUCAGCUCCUGAGGCGCCGCUGGAUUUAAAGGGGCAGUCCGGUCUUUUCACUUCCAUUUCACCAUCACAAAACACCACCUGACCGCUAAUCAACUCCAAACCCACCCCGUGAUUUACACCGCGGACUGCAGCACAUUCAGCGGGUUUCCUUCUGUCUGUAUAAAUGUGUUUCUCAGGAGAUUAGCAUGUAGCUAACAGCUAGCGUUCCCGCCAUUACUGCAUUAGUGGAGUUACCUCAGACACACACACACACACACACACAGUUUAUAUUCUUAAAGGCGAAUUUAUUACUCGGUUCUGUUUUAUUUCAUGAUGAGUCUUUUUCUGAUCUGAAUCACGGCGGAAGUAACGCGGAGGUGUUCCGGCUACACGCCGCCCACAUGUACUCACUGUGAGGGGGAAAUCCGGCGGAAACGAGCUACAAACAAAAAACACGAGCAAUUCUAUCAAAUCACCACAGAAGAUUUAUUAUUAAUCUGUACAAGUCCUGUGGAGACCGAUGUGUGUGUGGAGCGGGAUGUCCGCGGUGCAGCUCCGGGAGGAGACACAGCUCGAGCCGGGCCUCGGCCUCGCCAUGCUGCCGGUGCAAGAACUGGUUCUGGAGAACUGCAGAUCGAACGAGGGGAAGAUUGAAGGCCUCACAGCUGAAUUCGUUAAUCUCGAGUACCUCAGCUUGAUAAACGUGGGAUUGAUCUCGGUGUCCAACCUCCCCAAACUUGCCAAGCUCAAGAAGCUGGAACUCAGUGAUAACAGAAUCUCAGGCGCUCUCGACGUGUUAGCGGAGAAACUCCCGAACCUGACACACCUGGACCUCAGCGGAAACAAACUCAAGGACAUCAGCACACUGGAGCCUCUGAAAAAACUGGACCACCUGAAGAGUCUGGAUCUGUUUAACUGUGAAGUAACGAACCUGAGUGGUUAUCGGGAGAGCGUGUUCAAACUGCUGCCUCAGCUCACCUACCUGGACGGAUACGACGCCGAGGACCGCGAGGCUUCCGACUCGGAUGGUGAGGUGGACGGCGUGGACGAGGACGAAGAUGAUGAAGUUGAGGAGGAAGAUGAUGAGGAUGGUGAGGAGGAGGACUUUGAUGACGAGGAUGAUGAUGAUGAAGAGGACGAGGUAGAAGGAGAGGAAGAUGAUGACGACGUCAGUGGAGAGGACGAGGAGGAAGACUUCGGUCAGGCCGGAGAGGUGGACGAUGAAGACGAUGAGGAGGAUGAAGAUGAUGAAGAAGUGACGAAAGGAGAGAAGAGGAAGAGAGACCCUGAUGAUGAAGAUGAUGAUGAUGACGACGACGAUGAAUAAAAUCCAACCAGCCAAUCAGCUUCCUCUCCCUCCUUAACCCCACCCCAUUACUCACUGACCUCAGUUGCCCCGCCCCUCUUUUUUCCACUCUGUAUUUCUACCCCAAUGGGGAUGAGACUGUACCACAUGGGCGGGGCAUGUGGAACUGAAAGAGCGUGUGCCAUUGGUCAGUCCACUCAGCAUUCCACAUGUUGAACUUCAAACCCUGCCUAUGUCCCACCCAAGCCCCUCCCCUUCCUGUGCGCGUGUGUGUGUGUGUGUGUGUGUGUGUGUGUGUGUGUGUGUGUGUGUGUGUGUGUGUGAGGACUUUGGGGAUCUAGUUUUGGGUCUGUGCUUUUAAUAUUUUGUUGGAAUUUUUUUCUUCAUCAUGUUUUUCUGCCCAUGUCUCUUUAUUUUUUAUUUGUUUUGCCUUUUUUUUUCGGUUUCUCAGUAAGAUGAUCGCUAUAGCAACCGUGUGACGAGCGAGCCGUGUUUUUUUAGCGUGCCGUCUCGUCACACACCUCAGUGUCAAUUGCAAAAAUUUUUACUUUCUGUAAAAUGAAGAAUACAAACUUUGUAAAUAAAAUGACAUUUUGUGCUUUGCUCA